CCCCCUCGGUGUAGCAGACUCAAUGAUGCUGCCUCACUUGGCUCCCGGGGCUUCUGGCACCGUGGCACCCUGGUCUGGCACGGCCGCCUGGCAAAGAGCAGUAUCAGCUGGGCACUCUCGAGUCCCCCUCCAGCGCCAGCGUGAGUAGGAGAACAACAAGAAGAAGAAGAACGAGAAGAACACGAAGGAGAAGGAGAGGAGGUGGAGAGAAGAGAGAAGCGCCAACGAGAGUCAGGAUCAAGGCCAUUGGUUGGUGCCCAGAGCGAGGGGGGGGCGUGCGGGGGGAGAGUGAGAGUGAGAGAGAGCAAAGAGAAAGAGGGAGAAGAGAGAAGGAAAGAGAAAGAGAGUUUAGUGAGGAAAACAGCCGCGGGAGCAAGUGAACGGUGCGGAGGCAAAGAGUGAACAAAAGGGGAAAAAAACAAGCGGAAGGCGUGAUAGAAACGGAAACAAAGGAGGGAGAGAUAAAGACCGAGACAGAGAGAGAGCGAGACGGAGAGGAAAUAGAGAGACGAGGAGAGAAGUGAGAGAAGUGAGAGACAGAGACAGAGAGAGCGAGAGAGAGAGAGAGAGGAAGAGGGAGGACGCCUCUCCUGGUCUAUUUCGGCGACGCCGGCGCUGCCCCUAAGAAUAUCUCCGAAGCUGCAACCCAACCACCAGAUACCUCCACACGACCAUCCUCCUUGUCCUCCUCCUCCCCCUCCUCCCCCCUCUUUCCCCCCACCAGAUACCCCCCACAGAUACCUCCCCCUUUCCCCUCCCCUUCCCCCACCAUCCCUCCCUCCCUCCAUCCUCCUCACCUACCUGAUACCUCUCCCUCCUCCCCCUUCCUCCUCCUCCUCCUCCUCCUCCUCCUCCUCCUCCUCCUCUUCCUCCUCCAUCUCCUCAGUGUCCUCGCCACCUCGCCAACAACACCAUCUCCCUCGUGGCCGGGAACUCUUGGGAGGGUGACCUCGUGUGCCCCGGGAUUGUGACCUUGUCUCGAAACUCUCAAGAAGGAAAAGAAGAAGAUAGAGAGAAAACAGUAUGAUUAUUUAUUUAAUUAGGUUUUUAAUCAAGUGAUAUUUUUUACCGAAAACCCUAAAUUUCCAGCAGAAGAAAAAAUCCUCUUCGUUAAGAAAAAUUAAAGAAAUAUCUCAGUGUCGCGAGCUCAGGUGUGGUCUAUAGGCCUACAAAGAAGAGAGAAAAUUAUAUUAAAGAAGAUUACUGCAUUAUAAAGUGUACGUAAAAAAAAACCGUGCCUUACUGAACGUUCCUUUAUCCGAAGCCUUAAUAUAUAUAUAUAUGCUCAGGACCGGUGCCGUGAGAAACCUUAUUUAUUAUUGAUAACUUAUUAAACUAACUUAUUCUAAUGACUAUUUAUUAACCUUAUUUAUUGAGACUUAUUUAUUGGACCUAAGUUAUUGGACUUAAUUGCGUGUGCGCAUCGACUCCGAUACCUGUGAAUGAAUUUUGUGUGAAACGAAGCGAAAUAGAAAUGGAAAUCGUACAGUUAUUAACCUUUCGAGUGCCUUUGUGACGAAUUUGAUCCCAAAAAAAAAAAAAUUACAAGAGCGAGAACCUUUUUUUUUAGUAUAUGUGGAUCCGUUUAAAAAAAAGUGAAGUUUCAUUUUGGUUUCCGAAUCGUGUUUCAUUUAGGAGAGUAAGGGCGAGUGAAAUCUCCUCCCCCCUUUUACCCCUUCUUUCCCUCUUCCUUCCAUCGUUACUCUAAAACGAAAUAACGAGAGAGAAAAAAAGAGGAGAGAGAGAAUAAAAAAAAACAAGUGAAUACCAAAGAAAAAAGAAAGUAAGAAAACCCCAAUAAGAUUUAAAAAAAUAGAAGGAAAAUAAGAAAAAAAAUAUUGAAGAAAAAUCCAAAGAAUACGAAAGAAUAUAACCCCGGGAGAGAGAGAGAGAGAGAGAGAGAGAGAAAGAGAAGAAAAUAAUCAGAGAGAAUCCAAAAAUUGAGAGCAUUGGUUAUCCACUCUCCCUCCGAAUUGCGCCGCUAAAUGGUGAAUAUGGACGGAGAAGCCCUUAAACCUGAAGCCUUUUUGACCACGGCCUCCACCACCGCCACCCUCGUCGCCGCUCGAAGCCCGCCGUCCUAUCCGAAAGUCGCCGAGGCCACGGUGUGGUCGGUAUAUGCUGGUUAUGGACUCAGAGGAGAGCAGGUACACAACCUCUGACUACCAGAAACUGGAUGAGUUCCACCCGUUCAUCGAGGCGCUGUUGCCACACGUCAAGUCCUUCUCGUACACUUGGUUCAACCUCCAGGCGGCCAAGCGGAAAUACUUCAAGAAACAUGAGAAGAGGAUGUCACUGGAGGAAGAGAGGAGGUGUAAGGAUGAGCUACAGAACGAGAAGAACGAAGUGAAGCAGAAGUGGGCGUCUCGUCUGCUGGGCAAACUCCGCAAGGACAUCACGCAAGAGUGCCGGGAGGAUUUCGUCCUGUCCAUCACGGGGAAGAAACCUGCCAUGUGCGUGCUGUCCAACCCCGACCAGAAGGGGAAGAUGAGGAGGAUCGACUGUCUCAGGCAGGCCGAUAAGGUGUGGCGCCUCGACCUGGUGAUGGUGAUCCUGUUCAAGGCGAUCCCGCUGGAGUCCACCGACGGCGAGAGGCUGGAGAAGUCGCCAGAUUGUUUACAUCCGGGACUCUGCGUCAACCCCUACCACAUAAACGUUUCCGUCCGAGAGCUUGAUCUUUACCUGUCCAACUUCAUUACCAUGAACGAGAGUCUUGCUGGCAUUGUCCUGGAGAGUGACAAGGACGAUGAGAGGAUGAAGAGUCACCCCGUGCACAGCGUGGCAUACAACGGCAUCAACGGCAUCAUUUACAACAGCACCAUCCUCGCCACCGGCUGCUUCUCCGCCCGCGAACUAUGGAGACUCUCUAAAAGUGAGUCAGAACUGCAGGAGGCUUACUCGAGGCUGGAAGAGAGAGACCAUGAUGGGCGGAGAGAUAAGUGGAUUGAGAGAGAGAGAGCCUCCAUCAUGACCAUGGGCAGUGGCGGGACAGGUGUUAACACAAUCAAGAUGGAAAAUCCUCCUUACUAUACUACAUACACGUCUCCUGUGCCAGACCACACGCUGAUGGCUGGGACGUAUAGCACAUACAUGGAGCGAGCUGACAGCCCCCUCUCCAUGGGGCGGACACAUGACCCCCACUCCCCCCUGGAGCCCCGCAGCAAGCGUGUCCGCCGGCUGAGCUCAGAGGAGGACACCCUAGACAAGACCGAGCUUGCCUACUACACCCAGUCCCCGGCGUCCCUUUCGUCCCACACGUCCUCGUGGCACUCAGACAUCGACCACGGUGGGUUGGUGGCACCCUCCGCAGCCUCAGCGCCUACUGCAGCCGCCUCAGUCGCAGCGUCUAGCACCUACCUCCACCCUCACACCCCCCCUCACCACACCUCGCAACACACCCUCGGUCCCCCAUCGGUACACUCUCCCCACCUGGUGCACAGUGGAGGAAAAGUUACCAUAGCUGCGUCAGGUGGUCUACAGCCUGUAGUUAGAACUCCUUCUGUAGAGUCACUGUCUAGUCACGAACAGCACACACGCACCGUUGUCUCGCCACACAAUCGAGAAGUCUUGUGCCCGUCUACAGUGUUGCCCCCUAUGUCCCUAAGCAGCACUGUGAUGGCAGCCACCCCCAGCUAUUAUCAUGAGGCAGCUCCAGCAUCGCCCACCAAAUACCAUGAAAACGGACAUGACACUUUCUCGGACUUUGUGACGCUUGUGUGCCAGGAGGCUCAGAAUACGCAACAUACACAGCAAGCCUCCCCUCCUGGUGUGUCCCGCAGCCCGACGAAAAUCCAGGGUGGUUACUACACAGCAGGUACAAUGCUCCCCCCUCCACCUCCACCGCCCAUGGCACGACCUGUUGCCAUCAUUCGCUCGACAGCUGACCUGGCUCACAGCGGCAGUGUUUCUCCGGGGCCUGUCUCCCCCCCACACUCAGCUGCUGGAAGUAGUGGGGGAGGUAAUGGAGGUUCUAUCCUUCCUGAUGUCUCGCCUCCUGACCGACGCGAUGAAGGACUCAGCUCCCCACCUCCUGCAACCUCUGCUCCACCAGUCUCACAGCUCUUCACGUACUCCAGCAUGAGUCCAGUCAGCGCCAUGUCGGGUGUCAUAUCCCCGACCAGCAUGAGCCUUUUCACGUCCCCGGGCACCACACCGCGCACGACGCCUCGUUCCACUCCCCCCGUUCCCCGCUGGAACACCCCCUUCAUCAACUUGGACGAGAACAUGGACUACACUACUAUGUCUACGCUGAUGCCCACGCUGCCUGCCGACGCCACCUCCGCGCAGCUCAUUGAGGAUGACCGGUACUUCACGACCGUGGUGCACAGCAGUGAGGCCACCGUUGCUGCAGCAGCGGCGGCGGCAGCAGCGGCAGGCCCCCCCCCAUCAGGGAGCUCAGGGCCUCCUCCACCUCCUCCUCCUGCCAUCGACACAAGCCCAGGGGCACACCCAGGGGCCCCCCACACGCCCACCAAGUCUCAGUCCACAUAACCAUCCACAACGCAUAGCAGGAAGGAAAGAAGGCUAGAAGGAGGAAAGGAAGGCGACCAUGCGGCCUCAGGAAAAGGAUGGGGGUCACUCAAAGAGGCUAUUGUGAAGCAGUGAUAAUGCCAAUUGGAAGAGAGAGAAGAAAAAAGGAGGAAGA